AGAAAAUACGUGUAGACAUAUAUGCUAUUGUAAAAGGGGGGGGGGUUACUAUCUUAGACAACUUUAGGAACAUCUCUAAAAAAAAAUAUCUAACACCCUCUUUCGAAUUGUGAGAAGAAGAAAAAUGAGAGAGACUAUAAAGUGGGGACAUGUCCCCACACCACUAGUUUCCACUAAUCUAGUAUCUUGUAUUUAAACCGUUCACAACUGGAAGGACCUAAUAAGUGCACUUGUUCAUUCAAUCGGACGCACCCAUGCACCGGAAGUUAUUGCAGAAGCCAUUGAAAACAGGGAACACCUGCCACGGUAGCGGCUUUUUGGAAAAUGACGUCCAACAGCUUUCAGAUGGGUAGCACUGGGUUUGGCAGUGACAAACCCCCAUCUACCGGUAGCGGAGAGGGUGAUUUUUCAAAUGAUCCUGCGAGCAACAGCUUCUUCAAUGAGAAUUUCAAACGGCAUGAAGAUUUAAAAGCAAUGUUAGAUGGAAAUAAAGACAACUUAAAGUUAGAUGCCAUGAAGAGAAUAAUUGGGAUGGUGGCAAAAGGAAAAGAUGCUUCAGAUUUAUUUCCUGCUGUUGUGAAAAAUGUUGUAUCCAAAAACUUAGAGGUCAAGAAACUAGUGUAUGUGUAUCUGACCAGGUACGCAGAGGAGCAGCAGGACUUAGCUCUUCUGUCCAUCAGUACAUUUCAGCGAGCUCUGAAAGACCCCAAUCAGCUGAUUAGGGCCAGUGCAUUGAGAGUUCUGUCCAGUAUUCGAGUCCUUAUGAUCUCCCCUAUCAUGAUGCUGGCCAUUAAAGAGGCUGUAAUGGACAUGUCACCAUAUGUAAGAAAGACUGCAGCCCAUGCCAUACCAAAGCUUUACAGCCUUGACCCUGAGAAUAAAGAACAACUAGUUGAAGUCAUCGAGAAAUUACUUGGGGACAAAACUACAUUGGUAGCUGGUAGUGCCAUUCAAGCCUUUGAGGAGGUGUGUCCAGAAAGGAUUGACUUGAUUCACAAGAAUUACCGUAAGCUGUGCAACCUGUUGGUGGAUGUAGAAGAAUGGGGUCAAGUGGUCAUUAUUGGGAUGAUGACCCGCUAUGCUAGAACCCAGUUUGUGUCACCCAACCAGGAUGGAACAGGUGAAGAAAGUAGAAAUUUCUAUGAAUCAGAAGAUGAUGAGAAAGAUGAAGCUGAAGACGAUGAAAAGGAUACCAAAAAGAAACCUUAUAUGAUGGACACUGAUCAUCGAUUGUUACUUAGGCAGGCCAAACCUCUGCUCAACAGCCGUAACGCUUCGGUUGUUAUGUCAGUGGCUCAGCUCUACCACCACUGUGCUCCGAAGUCAGAGGUUGGGGUUGUUGGGAAGGCACUAAUCCGUCUUUUAAGGGGUCACAAAGAGGUCCAGUAUAUUGUUCUCAGCAACAUUGCCACCAUGACUGUGGCUAGAAAGGACAUGUUUGAACCGUACUUGAAAAGUUUCUAUGUGAGAUCCAGUGACCCAACUCACGUUAAACUGCUAAAGCUGGAGAUUCUUACCAGUUUAGCUACGGAGACUAACAUUUCCAUCAUUCUGAGAGAACUCCAGACAUAUGUGACCAGCACAGACAAGGAAUUUGCUGCAGCUACUAUCCAAGCCAUUGGGCGUUGUGCCAGCAACAUUGCAGAAAUUACUGACACCUGCCUGAGUGGAUUAGUCCAUUUAAUGUCCAACAGGGAUGAGAGUGUUGUUGCCGAAAGUGUUGUUGUGAUCAAAAAGUUGCUCCAGAUGCAGUCCUCAGAACAUAAGGACAUCAUAAUACAUAUGGCCAAGAUGGUAGACCAGAUCACCGUUCCCAUGGCAAGAGCCAGUAUCCUGUGGUUGAUUGGAGAAUACAGUGAAAGGGUGCCAAAGAUAGCACCUGAUGUCCUCAGAAAAAUGGCCAAAACAUUCAUUAGUGAGGAGGAUAUAGUCAAACUGCAAAUUUUAAACUUAGCAGCCAAACUCUGUCUCACCAACUCUAAACAAACCCGUCUUCUGUGUCAGUAUGUAUUCAACUUAGCAAAGUAUGACCAGAAUUACGACAUCAGGGACAGGUCGAGAUUUCUUCGACAACUAAUCAUGCCAGUUGAGAAAGGACCUUUGGCCAAACAUGCUAAGAAAAUACUUCUGGCUACAAAACCUGCCCCUGUUCUUCAAUCAAAAUUUGAAGACCAGGAUCAGUAUCAGCUGGGAACUCUUUCACACAUUUUGAACAACAAAGCUACAGGGUACAGAGACCUGCCUGAAUGGCCAGAAGAGGCCCCUGAUCCAUCAGUGAGGAAUGUUGAACUUCCUGUCCCAGAGGUCACUGGGAAGUCUGUUAGGAAGACGCCAGCAAAAGAGAGAGGGUUCUAUUCAGAAACUGAAUCAAGUUCAGAGGACGAAGACUCGGAUGAGGAAAGUAAGGAUUCGGAUGAGGAAGAGGACGAAAGUGAUGAAGAGAGUGAAGAAGAGUCUGAUGAUUCUGACGAAAGUGAGGAAGAAGAAUCAGAUGAUUCUGAUAUUCCUCAGAAAAACAGUGUACCUAAGAAGCCAGUCAAGGUGGAGAAAAGUGAAAGUGAGGAGGAGUCGGAGUCAGAAGAGGAAAGCUCCUCAGAGGAGAGUGAGGAGGAAAAACCACCUCCGCCCAAAUCCAAGACUAGCAAAAAAAAACCAGCAAAGGAAGCCGAGGCUCAGAAUAAUGCGGAUUUACUUUUGGAUCUAGACCUGUUUGGAUCCACGAAUGGUAUGUCCAGCAGUGGGGGUACUCCAGGCAAUAUUCUGACCCCCAGCAUGGCCAGCGCCAUGAGCAACUUGUCCAUCAGUAAAACGCCCUCAAGCAGCUCCUCAAAUUUUGUUCAGCCUAUGAAUAUUCCCUUAAAGUCCUACGAACUCUUGAACAGGAUGACAGGCAAGGGGCUAGGAAUUACUUACAAAUUCACCAGGACCGUUUCUGUGUUCUCACCCAAAAUGGUCUCCAUAGAGUUGACGUUAACAAAUCAUGGAGACAACCAAUUAUCAGCUAUAAAAAUAGGGAAGAAAACUUUACAACCUGGAAUGGAAAUACAAGAUUUUCCAGAAAUAGCAUCACUUGGAAAUGGGGCUUGCACCUCGGUACUGAUGGCAAUAAAUUUCAAUGAUACCACUCAGCCUGCCAAGUUUGAAAUCUGUACUUUAGAACAAACAUUUACUGUCAGUAUAACAGCACCUGUGGGAGAACUACUUCAGUCCCACACGAUGGGUCUCCAAGAUUUCACCCAGCAGCAAGGUAAAUUAAAAGGAAUGACAGAAAACACAGGAAAAGUGACAUUACCAGAAAAGAAGAAUGAUUCCAAGUCGGUUGUUACCAAUGUGCUUACUGUAGCCAACAUGCUACAAGUGGCGUCUGAUGAAACGGACACAGUCUAUCGAUUUGCCGCCAAAACCAUGUCGGAGGGAGUAUUGGUGCUUGUGUCCGUAGAUGUGCAGGGAGAAUCAGCCAGCAUUGUGGUCAACUGUGAGAAAAUGGUCAUUGGAACUAUGCUUCUUAAAGACCUUAAAUCUGUACUUGGACAAAGCUAGAGAAAAUUAGGAUUUUAUUAAUAAGGAUUUUAUGACAAUCGGUGUAAAUUACUCUUUUUUUAGAAUUUGAUUUAGAUGAAAGUCUACAACUUCUGUUCAGAGUUUAAUGAUAGAAUAGUCUGCUCUUGAAUAAUAUUGAACAAAGUGUUGUAUUUCUGCCAUGAAUAAGAACAAAAUACAUGUAAAUCCAGCUUUCAGUGUACUUGAGGCUGACAUUUAAUAACGUUAUACAUUACUCUUUGUAAGUCAAGGGCAUGUGCAACUAUAUGUAUAUACAUGUAACAUUAAGAUAUUUUUCAACCGUGAUUUAUUUCAAUUUCAGUUAUCUUAAAUUAAAAUGCAGAUGUUGAUGUUACUUAUAAUUGAUAUUUUAUAUAUACAUGUAAGUGUGUGUGUGCAUGUGCGUAUGUGCGAGUGUGUUUAUAAUUAAUACACAUGUACUGUAAUUGUUGUAUAUUUAAUAUUAAUAUAGUUAAUGAUGUGCAUUACAACUAGUUUGGAAAGACUGCUGUAAUAGCAGGAAUUGAUGAUCAUUGCAAGGCAAAUGUGUUGUUAGUCUAACUCUUUGAUUUCUUAAAGACUCCACACUUCACUUCAUAUUUAUUGUUAACAGAUACAUGCACACAAAUACAGUUUGGAUGUUCCAAAUCCACUUGUACUUAGUUUAAAUUUGAAAAGUUAACAAUAAAUUAUAAAAGCAAUCAUAUUAAAAUAUU